AUGCCGACCGAAUUCAUCAGCCUUACAUUCCCAAAUCCAUCGACGGAGCUGAAGCCAAUCCCAAAUCCCACCAUUGACCCAAAUUAUUUGGUCAGGUAUGCUCGCACGUUAGAUGACCAUGAGUUUAACUACACCUUGGUCCCAUAUGAUUCAUCCUAUUUUGACCCAUUCACCGUUGGCGCAACCAUUGCUUCUGUGACCAAAAACCUCAAGGUCAUCAUCGCGCUGCGGCCCAACACACUUUAUCCGACAGUUGCCGCCAAGGCGCUCGCGACACUUGAUCAGCUCAGCUCUGGGAGAGCUGUUGUUCACUUUAUUGCCGGCGGAAGUGAUGCCGAGCAAGCCAAGGAAGGCGACUUUCUAAACAAAGAAGAGCGAUAUGCCCGCUUGGAGGAGUAUAUCAAAAUCCUCCGUCGAGCAUGGGAAUCCGCAGAUCCAUUUGAUUGGAACGGAAAGUAUUAUCAGUUCAAACAAUUCAGUAACAAAGUACGACCUGUGAAUGGAACCAUCCCGGUAUCUGUCGGUGGUUCUUCAGAUGAGGCAUACCGAAUUGGCGGCUCUCUCGCGGACAUUUUCGGUCUCUGGGGUGAACCACUCAAGGAGACAAAGGACCAGAUCGAUCGAAUUUACGCCGAGGCUGACAAGGCGGGACGGAGCGAAAAGGACCGCCCCAGAAUUUGGGUCACUUUCCGACCUAUCAUCGCCGAAACAGAAGAGCUUGCCUGGGCUAAGGCUCACGCGACACUGGAUGCGCUGAAUACCAACCGAACAUUGGGUCAAGGAAAAGCGCCUCCUAAUGCCCCACCGCCACAGAAUGUCGGAUCCCAAAGACUGCUUGAUAUUGCCUCCCGAGGUGAGGUUCAAGACCGCGCUUUGUGGUAUCCUACUGUGACGGCUACGAAUGCACGGGGGGGCAUCGACAGCCUUGAACUGAUUUCUAUCCGUGGAUAUGACAAUCUCAAUGAUGCUAUGGAUUAUGGACGUUAUAUCUUGCCUGGCGUACGCAGUGUUCUGCAAGAGAGAUCUAAAGGCUCAGCAGCAUGA